AUGUUUUCUACUAAAUUAUUCAUUUUUGCUACAUUUAUUUCUUUCACAUUUUCUGCGCCUACAAAAAUCAAUCCAGUGCCCGAUAAUGAUUCAAAUUUGGUUUCGAUUGAUGAAAAUAAUGGUGUGAGACCUGUACCCGAGAAUGAAGUAUCUAAAAAUAAAGAUAAAAUCACGACUAAAACUCCGAAUGAAUCAGCAUUCAGUUCAGCUACACAAGAUAAUUUCUCUGCUAAUUCUACCGAGUAUCCGAAUGUCGCCGUGACUGCUGAAACGCCGUCUGAGAAUGAGGUCACAACGGGAGACUUUUCAAAAAAUACUUCUGGAGCUUCUCAUGCACCAGACAGUGAAAAUACUGCGCCUACAAGUCUCCCUUCCAAAACCGAGACCGCUGGAACUCCAUUUGUUGAAAAAAAAGUCACCACUGAAACAGUUUUCCCAGCAACAGAACAAAACGAAAGGACUGCAGUUACCAAUGCUCCUACUGAUCACGUAACCGCUGGAACACCGUUUGCUGAAAAGGAAGGCACUACAGAAUCUCCUCACACGCCUGAAACAUCUCAUACUACUGAAUUAAACGAGGACACAUCAGCUACCAAUCCUCGUCCUACUGACUCCGAAACCGCUGGAACUUCAUUUAUUGAAAAAAAAGUCACCACUGAAAUAAUGCUUCCUUCAACGGAACUGAAUGAGAGAACUGCAGCUACCAAUAUUCCGACUGAUCAGGAAACCGCUGGAACGCCGAUUGUUGAAAAAGAAGGCACUAAAAAAAUUCCUCACAAGCCUGAAACAUCUCUUACUACUGAACUAAAUGAGAACACCUCAGCUACCAAUUUUCCAACCGAACCAGAAACCGCUGGAACUCCAUUUGUUGAAAAAAAAGUCACCACUGAAAUAAUCUUUCCUUCAACGGAACUGAAUGAGAAAACUGCAGCUACCAAUAUUCCCACUGCUCCCGAAACCGCUGGAACCCCGAUUGUUGAAAAAGACGAAACUACUCACACGCCUGAAAUAUCUCAUACUACUGAACUAAAUGAGAACACCUCAGCUACCAAGUUUCUCACCGAACCAGAAACCGCUGGAACACCUUUCGUUGAAAAAGAAGGAACCACUGAGGCCAUUGUCAAGACUUCUACUGAAACAUCCCACACAACAGAAAUGAACAAAAACACUCCCGCGCCCAGUUUUGCCACCGAACCAGAAACCGCUGGAACACCUUUCGUUGAGAAGGAAAUUACCACUAAAUAUACGGAAACCCCGACUGCAGAAACUGCAACUGAGCCUUAUUCUACUAGAAGUGAAGAAAAUAUGACAACAGCGACUCCGAAAGUCACUAAUACUGCAGUCCCCAAUAUGGAAACUACUGCUCCCCCCGAAGAACCUGAAACUGUUGGAACACGUUUUGUGGAAGAUGUAACAGAGAAAGCGAACACUCAACAAUCAUCUUCCGUCUCCUCGAGAAACACUAUGAAAUGGUUAAUUCCGAUUCUUCUAAUAAUACCUAUUGCCGUUUGCGAUGAUAUCACUUCCCCAAGUUCUGAAGAAGACACAGAUAUGACUGCUAGCCCUUCAACUACCACUCCGAUUCUGUCCACAGCUCAAAAUCUUGGGCAUCCAAAGACUUCAUCACUUCCGAUUUCACCUAUCAAGAACUCUGUUCCUACGUUCCCAUUAUCGUCAUUUGCAUCAGCUGAUUGGCUUUCUUCAAUGCCAACCGUUCAAACAUUGAUUCCAACUCCAUUGGCACCUACUACAUUAGAAAUUCCGGAUGAAAAAACGUUUGGAUUCAAUUCUCUGACUCCACUUUGGACUCUUCCAACCCAACCUCCGUCAUUUUCUCCAUUGAAUGAUUCUCCGAUCAAACCUUUGACCAAUCCAUUCCCACAGUUCCCAACAAUGCCAACUCUUCCAACGCUCCCAACUCUUGCCCCAUUCACUUUCCCAACACUUCCUCCGGCGACAACAAUGCAACCAAUAAACAUCACAAUUGAUCCGGAAGCCAUUAUGGAUGUGCCAGAGAUAAUCGCCCACUGGGGAUAUCCGGUCGAAACGCACAAAGUCGUCACAGCUGAUGGUUACAUUCUCACAUUGCAUCGUAUUCCGCACGGGAAAAAUGAAACCUCGAAAUCCGCUUCUAAAACGCCUAAACCGGUCGUCUUUCUGCAACACGGACUUCUUUGCACGUCUUCUAUUUGGCUACUCAAUCUACCGAGACAGUCAGCCGGGUACAUCUUCGCCGAUUACGGAUAUGACGUAUGGCUUGGAAAUAUGAGAGGAAACACUUACUCGAAACAACAUGUUAGAUUGACAUCAUCCGAUCCCACGUUCUGGAAAUUCAGUUGGGAAGAAAUGGCGAGAUAUGAUCUACCAGCAAUGAUUGAUUAUGUCUUGAAAAAUACCAAACAGAAGAACUUGUACUAUGUCGGGCAUUCACAAGGAGCUCUGACAAUGUUUGCGAAAAUGAGUGAAGACCCAGAAAUGUCACAGAAGGUUCGAAAGUUUUUUGCACUUGCUCCAGUUGCUCGAAUGUCUCAUGUCAAAGGAUUGUUCAAGGAUUUAGGGGAGAUUUAUGAACAAUAUAAUCUGGUUUAUCAAGUAUUCGGAGAUGGAGAGUUUCUGACCAACAACAUUUUCACAAAACUUCUGACAGACAUAUUCUGUGACCAAGCCGUGAACAAUCCACUCUGCGAAAACUUCAUUUUUGCUGUUUCUGGUCCGAACAGUAACCAGUUUAAUAACUCAAGAAUUGGAAUUUAUCUGGCACAUAACCCUGCUGGAACUUCAUCCAGGAACAUGCUUCAUUUUGCACAGAUGGUGAAAACAAAGAGAAUGUCUCGGUUCGAUUUUGGAAAAGAUUUGAAUCAGAACAUUUAUGGAGCUCCGUCACCUCCUGAGUAUGAUAUUAGAAGAAUCAACAGUUCUAUUUACUUAUUUUAUUCUGAUUUUGAUUGGCUUGCAAAUCCAAAAGACGUUGAAGGAUUCUUGAUUCCAAUGUUGCCAUCCAGAACGCUCAAAAAAUCAAUAAAACUUCGAGACUUCAAUCACAAUGAUUUUCUAUGGGGAAUGAGAGCAAGGAAAGAAAUCUAUGAGAAGAUAAUAAAUACAAUGAAGUUAGAUCAGAGAAGAGUGAAAUUGCAGCAUAGCAUGGAGAGAUUCUUUGAGAAGCAAAGGAGGAACAGUACCAGUUCAUUCAGUGAGGAUCGGAUGGCGAAGUUACGAAAUGAGACGAUGAGCCUUGAUUGA